CACCGGAAGUUCCAUGGUUGUGGCGGAAGUUGGUGUUUUUAAGAAAUAGCCGUGCUUAGAAAAGCUUGGCCGGCGAAGAUGAUUCAGGCGAUUCUGGUUUUCAACAACCACGGGAAGCCGCGGCUGGUCCGCUUCUACCAGCGUUUCCCAGAAGAAAUUCAGCAGCAGAUUGUUCGGGAGACCUUCCAUCUAGUUCUCAAACGGGAUGACAAUAUCUGCAACUUCCUGGAGGGCGGGAGUUUGAUUGGUGGCUCUGACUAUAAACUGAUUUAUCGACACUAUGCUACCCUCUACUUUGUGUUCUGUGUGGAUUCAUCAGAGAGUGAACUUGGGAUCCUGGACCUCAUCCAGGUGUUUGUGGAGACCCUGGAUAAAUGUUUCGAAAACGUCUGUGAAUUGGAUUUGAUCUUCCAUAUGGAUAAGGUGCACUACAUCCUACAGGAAGUGGUGAUGGGUGGGAUGGUGCUGGAAACGAACAUGAAUGAAAUCGUGGCCCAGAUCGAAGCUCAGAACAGGCUGGAGAAGUCGGAGGGCGGCCUCUCAGCAGCCCCCGCCCGGGCCGUGUCCGCCGUGAAAAACAUCAACCUGCCGGAGAUCCCUCGGAACAUCAACAUUGGUGAUCUCAACAUCAAAGUCCCCAAUCUGUCCCAGUUUGUCUGAGGGCCGAAGACCGGGCUGGACCGGAGUCCUGGAGAACAGCAAAGCCAAGCCAGUCCCGAAACAGAACCACUCUGAGCCUCAGGGGAGAUGCCUCAGGCCCUGACCCACGCUGUCCUGGAGCGGCACGGCCAUCCUGUGUCAUGCUGGCGAGGGCUCCGUCCUCAUGGUGCAGCCCUGCCCAUCUCUGACCGCGGGUGUGAGGGGUCCUGGCUCCCUCAGUGGGGGUCAGUGCGCCCAGGCAGCUCCCCCAUCCCCCCUGCAUGCAGCCGCUCCCGGGGAUUGGGGGCCGUAGUGAGAGGCCCGCCUGCUUCCCAGGACCCCCACCAGGACCUUGUCUGACUGGAGUCUUCUUCUUUAGCCCCAGGAGGUGCCUCGAGUCUCACCUCGCUCCCCUUUGCUGGCCAGGUGCCAUCGCUGCAGAGGGCCUGACCCUGCAGACCGGGCCGUGGUGGGCGGCAGGUGAGGGCCGGGCCUUCCGAGAACGAGCGCGGCCCACUGGCUCUCUAGGCUGUCGUCCCCAGAGUCCUCUCGUGUAGCCAGACUUCCAGAUCACGACCUCCCGCAGGACUCGCCUCCCACUGCCGCCGUCCCAGCUCUGCCCCACAGCGGCUGCGUGCAGGACGCGGUCCGGGGCGGAGGCCUGGCGCACACCCUCCCAGUUCCUGCUGAUCGGGGGAGCACCCCCGCGCAGCGCUCUCUCCGGCACAGCCGGACAUGCCCCCCCCCAAGGGGACAGGCCCUGUGUCUGUAGAAGGUAGAGCUGGCACCAUAUGGAACGUGUCAGAAUUACAGCUCUUUCUGGGUUUAAAAUACAUGCUCCUCGCAAGGAGCAGACAGGUCA